GCGCAAAGCGGCAUCGUCUAGGGAGAAGGUACUCUUGGCGAUCGAGCGUGGCGCCGGCGGCUCCUUAGCGCUCGGCAGCCAUGGACCUCGCGGCGGCAGCGGAACCGGGCGCCGGCAGCCAGCACUUAGAAGUCCGCGACGAGGUGGCCGAAAAGUGCCAGAAAUUGUUCCUAGACUUCUUGGAGGAAUUCCAGAACAGCGAUGGAGAAAUUAAGUACUUGCAGUUAGCUGAGGAACUAAUUCGUCCUGAGAGAAACACAUUGGUUGUGAGUUUUGUGGACCUGGAGCAAUUUAACCAGCAACUUUCUACCACUAUUCAAGAGGAGUUCUAUAGGGUUUACCCUUACCUAUGUCGCGCUUUGAAAACGUUUGUCAAAGACCGUAAAGAGAUUCCCCUGGCCAAGGAUUUUUAUGUUGCAUUCCAAGACCUUCCUACCAGACACAAAAUUCGAGAACUUAACUCAUCUAGAAUUGGUUUGCUCACUCGCAUCAGUGGGCAGGUAGUACGGACUCACCCGGUUCACCCAGAGCUUGUGAGCGGAACUUUCCUGUGCUUGGACUGUCAAACAGUGAUCAGGGACGUAGAACAGCAGUUCAAGUACACACAGCCAAACAUCUGCCGAAAUCCAGUUUGUGCCAAUAGAAAGAGAUUCCUGCUAGAUACAAAUAAAUCAAGAUUUGUUGAUUUUCAAAAGGUUCGUAUUCAAGAGACUCAAGCUGAGCUUCCCCGAGGGAGUAUCCCCCGCAGCUUAGAAGUGAUCUUGAGGGCUGAAGCUGUGGAGUCAGCUCAAGCUGGUGACAAGUGUGACUUCACAGGAACGCUGAUUGUUGUGCCUGACGUGUCUAAGCUUAGCACACCAGGAGCACGUGCAGAAACUAAUUCCCGUGUGAAUGGUGUUGAUGGAUAUGAGACAGAAGGCAUUCGAGGACUCCGGGCCCUUGGUGUUAGGGACCUUUCAUAUAGGCUGGUCUUUCUUGCGUGCUGUGUUGCACCGACCAAUCCAAGGUUUGGAGGAAAAGAGCUCCGAGAUGAGGAGCAGACUGCUGAGAGCAUUAAAAACCAAAUGACUGUGAAGGAGUGGGAGAAGGUGUUUGAAAUGAGUCAAGAUAAAAAUCUAUACCACAAUCUUUGCACAAGCCUGUUUCCUACUAUACAUGGCAAUGAUGAAGUAAAACGAGGUGUCUUGCUGAUGCUCUUUGGUGGUGUUCCAAAAACAACAGGGGAAGGGACCUCUCUUCGAGGGGACAUAAACGUUUGCAUUGUUGGUGACCCGAGUACAGCUAAGAGCCAGUUUCUCAAGCAUGUGGAGGAAUUCAGUCCCAGAGCUGUCUACACCAGUGGCAAAGCGUCCAGUGCUGCUGGCUUAACAGCAGCUGUUGUGAGAGAUGAAGAAUCUCAUGAGUUUGUCAUUGAGGCUGGAGCUUUGAUGCUGGCUGAUAAUGGUGUAUGUUGUAUUGACGAAUUUGAUAAGAUGGAUGUGCGGGAUCAAGUUGCUAUUCAUGAAGCUAUGGAACAACAGACCAUCUCCAUCACUAAAGCAGGAGUGAAGGCUACUCUGAAUGCCAGGACGUCCAUUUUGGCAGCAGCAAACCCGAUCAGUGGACACUAUGACAGAUCAAAGUCAUUGAAACAGAAUAUAAAUUUGUCAGCUCCUAUCAUGUCCCGAUUUGAUCUCUUCUUUAUACUUGUGGAUGAAUGUAAUGAGGUCACAGAUUAUGCCAUUGCCAGGCGAAUAGUAGACUUGCAUUCAAGAAUUGAGGAUUCAAUUGAUCGUGUCUAUUCCCUUGAUGAUAUCAGGAGGUAUCUUCUUUUUGCAAGACAGUUUAAACCCAAGAUUUCUAAAGAGUCAGAGGACUUCAUAGUGGAACAGUAUAAACGCCUUCGCCAGAGGGAUGGUUCUGGAGUAACCAAGUCUUCAUGGAGGAUUACAGUGCGACAGCUCGAGAGCAUGAUCCGUCUUUCUGAAGCAAUGGCUCGGAUGCACUGCUGUGAUGAGGUCCAGCCUAAACAUGUGAAGGAAGCUUUCAGGUUACUGAAUAAAUCAAUCAUCCGUGUAGAAACACCUGAUGUCAAUCUGGAUCAGGAAGAAGAUGCCCAGAUGGAGGUAGAUGAGAGUCCAGAUGGCAUCAAUGGUCAUGCUGAUAGCCCUGCUCCUGUAAAUGGAAUCAACGGCCAUAGUGAAGACAUGAAUCAAGAUUCUGUUCCGAAAGCCUCCUUAAAGCUGGGCUUCUCUGAAUACUGCCGAAUCUCUAAUCUUAUUGUGCUUCACCUCAGAAAGAUGGAAGAAGAAGAGGAUGAGUCAGCAUUAAAGAGGAGUGAGCUUGUUAACUGGUACCUGAAGGAAAUUGAAUCAGAAAUAGAUUCUGAAGAAGAACUGAUAAAUAAAAAGAGAAUCAUAGAGAAAGUCAUUUAUCGACUCACCCACUACGAUCAUGUUCUAAUUGAGCUCACCCAAGCUGGAUUGAAAGGCUCCACAGAAGGAAGUGAGAGCUAUGAAGAAGACCCCUACUUGGUCGUUAACCCUAACUACUUGCUUGAAGAUUGAGCUAUUGAAGGUAACCAGAGAAAAUGGGGUCCUAUACCUGUAGCCUGGAGUCUGGAUGGAGUUCUGCUGGCCAGAGAAAUGCUUCUGGGAGUGAUGCUUCAAGAAGAUACACUUUGAGGAAGAAAAACCAACUUGAUGGUCUUGUGUGUCUCAUUUUUGUCAUAUACUUUUAUACCAGCACAGUUUUUAUCCUUUUGUUUAGUGUGCUUCUUGUCUGAAUGAAGUUUGAUGACAAUUAUGUGUUGUUCUUAUAACUAAGACCUUUGUUUUCAUGUGUAGGAAAAGGUUCAUUGCUUUUACGGUGUGUGUUAUCCUAUUGGGGAAAUAACUUUUUAAAAUUGCCAACCCCUACUUUUUUCUGCUGUUAUCUAUUGGAUAUAUUUCUAGUCUACUAAAAUUAAUGCUUCCAUUUAUUCAUGAAAAUGAGUCUUUCCCUUUUUGCUUGAUAUGGGGCAAGAGGGUAGAAACACAGCAUUAUAGUAAACAUGUAGGAAUAGGUUCCUGUGAAGAGAAGUCCUUAUUAAAAUUUGUUAGUAUGAAUGUAAAACGUGUUGGAGAUGACUUUUCGAGGUUAAUUCCAAUUCUCUUUGUUUUAUUUUGAUUUAAGAUAGUUUGUGAAAAUAAAAGGUUUAUUAUACUUUUUUUAUUACACUUUAAUUUUUUAAACUUCUAUAUCAUAGCAAGCUCUCAGAAUUAUUUUCUAAUUGCUUUUUUUAGUGAUAGUUUGUCAUUUUUUAUAUUAUAAACCACUCCUAAAUUUUAGGGCUUUCUUCUAGGAACAAAGUAUUGCUUUUUAUAAUACUAACAGUCCCUGAGGUUUAACUAUGAUCAGUAUGUUCAUGAUGUAGAAGUUCCUAUUGUUGUAGCUUUUGACAACAGGUGAUAUUCUGGGGCCUGUGAGGCCAGUUGGGAAAUGUUUACUGUGGUAUAUGAGUUCACUAAUAGAAACUUCACAUUCCAUUGGCUUGAAAGCAGACGGGUAUAGGAGACUGGAAAUGGAUCAAGAAGUUAUGCAAUUAGUGGAUACAGGAUAUAAGCUCCUGUGAAAACUGCAUUCUUAGUAAUGGCUGUAGGAGAGGCAAUUGGGACAAGGAAAUCUCAGUAUACAGGAUUCAGGCUUCCUGUUGAGACAGGAGAUGCUAGUAUAAGGCAUGGACUUCAUUCUGUAACAGGUGAUAGGAAGAAUAAGUAGUGAAAACCCAGGAGACAACAAGAAAGAGCCCCUUCCCUGCACUGAAUUCAAGCUUGAUAAAGAAAAUGGGGUGGGGAGGUUCUGAAAAGAGAAACAGCUUGACAGGAAUUUGAAUUUGAGUUUGAUCAAAUAUUGAACUAAAGGAUAGUGUGUAGCCCAGGAAAGAUGAUUUCCUUUGUGGUGAACCUGUCCUCUCCUCAUUUCUGCUGUUAAGAGUGGGGAUUCUGGAGCAAAAUAAGACCAUCAAUACAACUAAAAUCAGUUUUUUUUUUUCA